AUGGCAGUUCCAUCAGACAGAAAUACAUCGGCUAAGGUAGUCGAGGAACUCUCUAAGUACAAGGACUUAGAGAUUGAAAUCGCCAGAAUGUGGAAAAUGGAAACAGAGACGAUACCAGUUGUUAUUGGUGCACUUAGGGUCAUUAAGAAGGGACUGGAAAAAUAUGUUGACAAAAUUCUAGGCACAUCCAGCAUCUACAAGUCAAGGAGCUCCAAAAAAAUUACUCUUUUGGGAACAGCUCACAUCCUCAGAAAGGUUCUGUCAAUCAAGUGAACUCUAUAGUACCUAAGGGCCAUUGUUUCGCCCCGGUACUUCAGAGUAACAGUAAUUUAAAUGAUAAUUAUACUUAUAUAGUUAAUAAUGGAAAUUAGGAAUGAGUGGAGUCAGGAGACAACAUAGCUGGAGUCUGAUAUGUUUAAUAAUGAGUAACAAUUAAUCAUAAUUAGAACAAAAUUUGUGGUAAUUUCAGAUUUUAUAAAACUAAUUAAAACACAAGAUCUAGCGAGAGUUUUUUUUGCGACUGGAAGAAAAAAAACAACAACAAUCAAAAAACAAAAAUGUCAAAGAGCCUGCGCGAUGGCGUAAUUGUUGUACCAUUGCUUAUAUAGGUAUGUAUGAUGGGCACUGCCCCCGAGCACUGUCCCAUUACACUGUUAUAAUCUUAAUUAGAACAGCAUUUAGUAGUGGUAGUAUGACUCAAAUUGGAAUCAAUUCCGUCUGUAAUCAUUAGAGUGUUUAGAGGGUCUCAAUGGGGUGGUGGCAUUUACGGUUAUCGGCUAAAAUUUUGGCUCUUUUACGGUUAUCGGUUAAUUUUUUUUCAGUUAAGGUUAACUAUAAAGUUAAAAAUUAAUUUCUUUGUUUCAAAGAGUUAAAUAUUAAUAAACCUGUAUCUUUUUGUAUCAUUAAAGCAAAAUAAAUGUUUUAGGAUCAUCUCGAGAUGAAAUAAGUUAUUCUUCUGAACAUUUUUAAUAUUUCAUAAAUCAUGCUUUUAGAGUAUUCCACUUCUAAUAUCAUUUUACACAUAGAAAUGUUAACUAUCAAAAAGUUUGUCAUCUUUUGCAUCUUGACGUGAUUUCCUUUUCUUCAGGGGCUACUGAUUCUUUCUUAGCGUCGCUUUGUAUUUCCUACCCUCUUCUCUUUUUACUACCACGAUAGGGUCUUUACCCCAGUGAAGAACUGAUUCUACAACAUGAACUAAAAAAGAACAAGCAUACAGAUUGAGACUCGAACAUUUCUGUGACUCUCACAAGCGUCGGAGCCAAGCUGAGAAGUACGCGGCUUUGAAGAGCUUUGCCGCAGUUUUCUCAUUCUCUUAAAAUGACAUGAACUCUUUGUUUAAAAUAGAAACAAAAGGUUAAGCUAUUGCCAGCCAACUAAAAUUUUUUGUGAGCCAUGAAACUGGACCAUUCCUAAUAAAAGACAUAACAGUUUAUUUGAAUAGAAUCUUCGUGAAAAGCAAAACUAGCAGAAACAGGAACGUAAAGAGUCAAAGUAGCUGCGAAAUAAGAAACACAACCGUUCUAAGUGAGUUUAGCACGUUCCUCAAAAUUAUCAAAUCUAAGGAGCAAAAUUUUUACGGUUAACUCUUUUUACCCUAUUUACAACUAACGGUUAAAAUAUUUCAAUCAAUACGGCUAUCGAAUAAAUUUUGGGCCGUUUUACGCCUAUCGGUUAACACCAUUGAGACCCUCUGUUUAGAGAAAACUGUUUUUCAGUAGUCCUUUUGUGAGCGAAAACGACUAUUUAGAAAAACGACAAACUGAAUAGUAGCACCUCCUGUUUUGUAGACGUCAACGAGUGUGCAACAGAAAAACACAGGGACAUAUAGGGACAGUACUUUCCUUAGUAUCUUUGCUGUUCCCAAAAAUGCUGUUUUCUGGAUAACGUUCACGCCGACUCGCUUCAACUUUAAGGAGUACAUGAAGAGAAUCGGCGUGAACGUGAGGUUGGAAGUUAUCUACAAAACAGCAUUGUUGGGGAAAGCAAAGAUACUAAGGAAAGUACUGUCCCUGUACGAAGAAGGAAAAGAGAGACCUGGGAGCCGUGGUGAAUUGUUGUAA